AUGUCAUCACAUUCCACUCACCAAACUGCUCCUGGCGCUCCCCCUUCCUGUUCUCUAAUCCAAUAUGUGGCGCCAAAGUCUUCACCUCCCAACCGGGAGUUGCUGGAGAUUUCUACUCACUUGCUCGUCCACAUGGGGGGGGCUGGUCCCUUUACUGACCAAAACACUCCUGACGCUCGGCUCGCUCCCCUAGACCCUCAGCUCCCUCUCCCAAGCCCACAUGCUGCCAGCGCUCAGCCCAAUCCUGCAAGCACUUUGUACCCCUCCCUUCACAGCACCCCCCCUCCUCAUUACACCGGCACUGGGGGCAGUUCGAUCAACAAUCCAGAUGGCUCCCUCCCCCAGACCCUCGGCUCCCUCCCCCAAACUCUCAGCUCCCACUCCCAAGCCCACAUGCUGCUAGCGCUCAGCUUGAUCUACCCCCCCUCAUUACACUGGUGCUGGGGGCAGUCCGAUCUUGCAAGCACUUUGUACCCCCCCUCCUCAUUACACUGGCACUCGGGGCAGUCUGAUCACUGA